AUGAAAAAACAGGCCGUCUCCGAUGGGCUGGACCUUACAGGUAUUAAUGAUGUGGAGAUCGCCGGUUAUCUUCGUGACGAGAAGGAAAUAGAAUUGAGAAAGAUAAUGUGGGAGCUAUUGCAGAGAGAUUACUCCAAGAGAAAGCGAGCAGAACAAGAGAAGAAGAAAGAUGGUCCUGCCAAGAAAGCUCUUAAAACUGGUGGUGUUGAAGAUGAUGAGAGAAAGAGCAACAAGAAGAAGACCAUGAGUUCAAAGAUCAACUAUGAUGCAUUGAAGAAAUUAGAGGAGGAGAUUUCAACAAUCCCUGAAAUUGAGAAGGAUAGCCACUACAAUGCAGAUGGUGACCUUGCUGUUGGAGAUCAAUACAGCGAAGUGCCCAAUCAUGAUUACGAAGAUGAUGAUUUUGAUUAUGAGAUGACUUACUAA